CAACAACCACACUGCACAGGCGUAGGCGCGUAGCCCAGCACAAGGCGCUGGUGGCCGUUGUGCGAGGGGAGAGGACGGGGACGGUAAGCCGUGAACGUGGCCGAUCCACGUGGACCGGCUCCGUGAUUCCGUCUCAGCUCAGCGAUGCCGGUGAGGCGGCGGCAGCCGCGGCGGCCGGAGACGGGCGCGGCGGAGAGGUACAGGGAGAUGGGGAUAGGGGCGGCGCUGUCGCGGCCGUGGGACUACCCCACGGCCUGCGGCGAGCUGGCCACCCUCCUGCGCCUCGGGUACGCAGACCUCCCCAAGGCCGCCCAGGCGCUCGUCCUCGCCGACGUGCUACUCGCGUUCCGCCUCCUCCUCGAUGUGCAGACAGGAUAUGCAGUAGCUGCAGCUACUGGUCUUCUCCAGGCAGUAGAAGUUACCCUACCAAAGCAAAAGAAGGCACAGGCUGCUUCAGAGUUCAGGCAUUCUGUUGUUGCACAUAAGAGGCGUGCAAGAGUAAAACAAGAACCAGGUUCACCACACAUACCACAUGAUGUUCUUGUUCAUAUCUUCAGUUUUCUGGACAUUCGUUCUUUGGUAGCAGCUGGUCUUGUCUGCUGGUCUUGGAAUUCAGCUGCAAAUGACAACAACCUGUGGAAGAUGAAUUACUCCUGUUUCUUCGGCAUCUGCCAUGUGAGUUGCAACAGCAUACCUGUAUAUGGUUUACAGCACAGUCAUGGUCUUGUGCAAAAUAGCACGGAUUCAGUGUCCAUUGAUCCAAAUUUUAGCUGGAAAGAGUCCUUCCACAAUAAGUAUGCAGAAUGCGCAUCAUGGAAAUUUGCAUCAAAUAGAGCACUGUGUGGGCGUUGCAGAUCAGUUAUUUGGCUGAGCAACCUGACUUGUGCUUCUCCGCACCAUUGCGCUAAGAGUGGAAAAGAUGAAGUAAAAUUAUGGCCUCUGUUACCUGAUACAGUUGCUGAAUACAUAUUGCACGAUGAAGAUCUAGCAGCUUCAUCAUCUGAAAGUGACGACGCAGAUAGUAAUUCUGAUUACGAGUAUGGGCACCCAAGAUUUUGGAUGUUGUUGGACGAAAUGACACUUGGAUAGUUGUUUGUCUUCAAUUCUGGUAAUUGGCUGUAUGCGGUGUCCGUGCUGUUAUUAGUAGCAACUGCAAACUUCAGUGAUCUCUAUGAGAUGGCUCGUCAACUUAAAGUGAAGCAUGUACAUUGCACUGCAAAAUCUAUUCUUAAUACUCUCUCCGGUCAAAAAUACAUUAUAUUUUUUU